AUGGAAAACGUGAAACGAGGUAAGCUCAAGCUCAAGAACGGCAGCAAGCUCAAGGUGGCAUCCAAGAAGCACAAGAAGCACAAGAAGAAAACGUCUAAGCGUCGCGAGGAGGAGGAAGACCAGCGCCAUGAGCAGGAGAAGAGCAGCGACGACGUGGAAAUGGACGACAUGACUCCUGCGCAACGUCGACAUGCUGAGCACCAGAAGAAAAGGGAAGAAGAGAUCGAAAAGUUGGCAUCCAAGACUUACAGAGAGCGCAUCGAAGAACUCAAUCAGCACCUCGGAAGCCUCACAGAACAUCACGACGUGCCUCGCGUUUCGGCUGCUGGCAACGGUUAA